AUAUUUUGUAUUAGCCAAUCAAUGAUAUUGUUACAAACAACGUUAGGAAAACAUUUCAAAAUGGCAGACGAAACCACCACAGAGAAAAACAAAUGCACAUUUUUCAAGAAAGCGGUUAAGCGACAACAAAACAGACGACGCAAAGGCUCAGAUGACAAUGAGAGUAGUGACGAAGAUGAUGGAAAUGUUGCUGUCAAGGCAAAGAAAAUGAAAUGCCCAUCAAAAUUUGUUCAGUCUACAAAUACAAAGAAGUUUGUCAAAGAUGAUGGGUCUUCUAGUGAGAGUGAUGAAGAAAUUCGAAAAUCAGCCAUUGUCACAUACACAUCCUCAAAGACUGGGAAACGAGAUGGGCCAGUUGACAUGGGGGCCACAUCUACUGUGGAGAUAGACACAGACCUUGCUCAAGAUGCAAGAACUUUGUUUGAAAUACAGCAGCAAAUCAACAAGGAGUUGAAGGGUAAGGAAGAUGAUAAGGUGUACAGGGGGAUGAAUAACUACCAAGUGUUUUACGAGAAAAAAGACACUGCACAGGGCAAUGCAGCCAGUAAUUCAGUCAGAAAGGGCCCUUUACGUGCACCAGCCCAUCUGAGGGCCACAGUCAGAUGGGACUAUCAGCCGGACAUCUGCAAAGACUACAAGGAGACUGGCAUGUGUGGCUUUGGAGACAGCUGCAAGUUUGUGCAUGACCGCAGUGACUACAAGCAUGGCUGGCAGCUGGAGCGGGAAAUGGACCAAGGAACAUAUGGAAAGUCUGAUGAUGCAAAUUACGAAAUCAGCAGCGAUGAGGAAGAUGUUCCAUUCAAGUGUUUCAUUUGCCGCAAGUCAUUUGAAAGUCCCAUAGUAACGAAGUGUCGACACUAUUUCUGCGAGAAGUGUGCUCUGGCACAAUACAGGAAAUCUCAGAGAUGUUUUGUGUGCAAUGAACAGACCAAUGGAGUCUUCAACCCUGCAAAAGAGUUGAUGGCAAAAUUGAAGAAGAGGGCAGAAGAAGGGAAGAUAGUUGAGGACAGUGAUGAUGAUCAUGGAUAACGACUGACCCCUAUUGUGUGAAGAUUAAGAGCGUGGGUGGGGUUAUUUCAUCUGAUGAAGGAAAGUGAUCGUGAUCAUGACUGAUUCCAGAUGGUUAAGCUUGAUGACUGUAUAUAAGAGCCGCGUUCUGAGAAUACUUGGCGUAUUGCAUGUGCAUAAAGUGUCAUCCCAGAUUAGCCUGUGCAGUCUGAACAGGCUAAUCAGGGACGACACUUUCCGCUUUUAUGGUAUUUUGAGUUUCAAGGAAGUCCCUUCUUACCGAAAAUCAAGUUUAGGCAGAAAGUGUCGUCCCUGAUAAGCCUGUGCGGACUGCACAGGCUAAUUAGGGAUGACACUUUACGCACAUGCAUUAAGCCCAGAACAAGGCUCAUAACAUUAUGGAAAAUGCCUAUAAUAAAUAUUUUAAACAUG